AUGUCGCCGACGCCGGCAGUGCUCCGCCCGCUAACGCUGCCGGCACUGCUGCACCAUGUCCUGACGACACAGCCGACCAGCGCCCGCCCGACCCUGCUCAUCGUCUGCUCCGGUGAAGAGGCUUUCGUCGAGCAGCUCGCCGCCCAACUGCAGCACGCCCGUGGCCAUGGCGACGGCGACGGCGACGGCGACGGCGCAGACGAGCUCCAGCGCCUGCUGGCGCCCUCGCUUCACAACCUGUCCACGACUCGCCAUGUCCGCCUUGCUUUUUGCCCAUCGGUGCCGGCGCUGCUGGCCUACCUGACUGCCUAUGGGCACACCGCGGCCGGCGCAGAGGAGCGCGUCGUCUUGGUGAAUGCGCUGGCCUUGCACGCAUCCACGCCGUCCUUCUCGGCCCAGGGCCUGUCACGAUGCUUUGCCACGGCGGCCGACACGGCGCUCAGGACCGGCGUCCAGCUUCACAUGGUCGAGUGCGAGCAGCGUCAUCAUGUCUAUGCAGCGCGCGCCGACGAGGAUGCCGAGCCGGAACAGGGGCUCGACGCGAGCCGACGCCCAGGCAACACGGGCGACGCGUGGGAGCAGGAAGUGUCCAUUCUCAAUGUUUCAGCACGCAGGUUUGGCUCGGGCAGCACGGAGCGAGCGUGGGCAGGCCGGACCGUCAAGGCGAAACGGAUCGCAGGGAGGUGGUUUCACUUGGACGAGCUCGACGAGCGUCCAGCACACGCGAACCACGGAGAUUGGACAAGUGAGAGGCGUUGA